UUUACUUCAAAGAGACAUGUUUUAGUCAAUAGUUUUACGUUAGGAUUAUUGACAAAUGCACUGGGUUGUUACUUUAUGUUGGUAAUUAUAUAUAGAUAAAAUAUACCUAGAGACUUGAUGAAAUUGACAUUUGUGUUGUUACUUGAAUGAUUGACAGAAAAAGGACAUCAACUGUGGAUUUGAAAUUGACAAUUUGUUUCGGAACAUUGAAUUAAAUAGAACAAAAGGAUAACCGAUAUUUGUGAAUCAUUUGCAACAUAAAAACCCGGUUAAUUAAAUUGCUGAACAAUUUAUGGAAUUCGUCUAUGUGGAAAAUUAUAGGGUUUCUUCAAGACCAAAAUUCUGAACUAUAUAGAAUGAUUGAAGAAGGCUGGUAAUUAUUUGGAACAAAUGAUAAUAUCACAAUUGUAAACAGCUUAAUUGAUGGAAAUCAGUUAACAUUGUGUAAAGCUCAAACAAUACAAUUUCUCGAAAACUGUGACAAACAGUCACCGUAAUAAACUUACCGAUUGUCAAUGUUAUUUUAUUUAUUAAGAUGACUUCAGUAUUUGCCGAGAUCUCAGGUCGUUUAGAAUCUUCGAGACCUAACGGGUUCAGACAAGAUCUAACAACUAAACCACCAAAUGGAUUACGGAAAAGUAUGACUCUACGACCGACAAAUGACCAGUUGUCUAUGAUAGAAACGCACAACAACGAAGCCAUUCGAGCUGGAAAAUGUGCAUAUUUAUCUGAUGGUGGAGAGGAUUCGGACAAUGACGAUGGAAAUUAUCGUCGGGGAUCGAUAGAUUUAUCACCUUACUCGUCCGAUUCAUCGUCCGAAGAUGAAAAUUAUAGAAGGAACCAGCUAAGGUAUGAGCAUUACGAUCCCGAUAUGUUUGAACCAGACGAAAUAUACGACGAAAGAAACGAGGAAAGUGACGAUUGCAAUUUCGGUAAAUCGACGAAACGGCACAUAAUGCGUGAAAUACUUCACAAUGGUGUGGAAAUCCGGCCUAAUAUUAUCGACGAUUUUGGAGGCUGGGAUACAACAUUUACUGUUAAAAAUUCAAAACCAUCAAGGUCGAAUAUUCGGCGAUACACUAAAAUUCCCCGAACGCCAUCGUCGGCAUUUCCACGACCCAAUACCGAACCAAAGGACUCAACCUUUUUAUUUAAACAUUAUGACGAUAUUUCCGAGUAUAUUAAACAAUACAGAAAAGAAGAAUCUAUUAAAGACAAUCGUUUAAAGACCGCUAACGAGGGAGAGGAGGCCAUGUUGAUUCCUGAUCCAUAUGCUGCGAAAUUAAAGGGAAAUAUGUGUUCCAUAGCUGAAAAUUGUGAUUUCUUAACGGUCUAUGCAAGUAGCACUAAAGAAAAAGCAGACAAAAUGAAAGAAAAAGAAGCCUGUAAAGAAAAACAGCAAAGCAUAAUAUUGCCGAGACCUCGACCAUCAUCGCUUGUUUACUGUCCUUCGCAUGAUUCGGAUGAAGACGGACCUCAAUUACGGAGAGACAGACCGACUUCCCUCAUCUAUUACCCAGCAACAGCCUCACGCCCAGUCAUAGUAACUUCAUUCAAAAGAACAGAUUCGUCUUUAUCUGUGAAAGAAAAGUCGAAUGAACGUUUUCCAAAACAAAGACCAUUAUCUGCAUUUCCUCACGCCAAUAGUGAAUUUUCAGCAGAAAAACAAAACACCAGACUGCAGCCAAGACCAUUUAGUGAUCAUCCCUUUGUUGUAAGAACUCUGUCCGUUAAAGAUCGGAGAAAGAUGCUAAACCUGGCUCCUGUUCGAAAUCAGGAAACAUCAGAAGGAUUUAAAAAAUUCAAAACUGUCCACCCCAAUCUCUCACUAGAACAUUAUUUGAACUUAGUAGUGCCACAUCGGCAAACUCGAUCUAGCAGCAACUCAACAACACACAGUUUAAAUGCAACGAACGAGAUGGAAGAAAAAAACACAAAGCCUGCUUUACACAAAAAGAAUAUACAGUUAAAUUUAGAUGGUCCAGGUGAUCCUUGGACACCUAAAUUUGAAAUGAAACGUAGUUUAAGCAGAGGUGCUAUAAAUCUCCCUAGACAUUAUAUUUAUAGUGCAGGACAUUCACGGAAACGAUCAACAUCUACUCCGGAUUCAUUAGGUGCGAAACAGUGGCCUAACAGAUCGGAGCUAACUUUAUCACGUGCAAACACAUAUCAUGACAACAUUGAUAAUGAACUGUCAGUGAACGUAUUGUCUUCCAGUCGAACAAACCCUCCAAACGUACAACGGGUAUAUGGCCAGCGAUUUAGAUGUUGUGAACGUAUUCAUGCUUUGAUAAACAAUGAAGAUUUAGAUAAAAAGUCUAAAGAUAGACACAUAAAAUUGUCAGUUGAUAAUAUGAAAUGUGACAAAACUAAUCCUGUGUCUUUUGGCUCGUUCGGAAUUCGAAAAGGCAUGUCAAGAGAAGAUAAUCCAGUUUCAUUAUCGUGUAUGUAUAAGCUUAAACGAGAUAGGCAACGUCGAUUUAACAUUUCAUUGGUGAAAUAAGAAGACUAAGGGAUACAGAUCAAUAUAAGAGAGUGAGAAAAUAAUCAUUUGUCUUUCACUCAUUGACAUAUUAUAAAAACAUUUAUUAAAAUAUUUAUUGAUA